UAUUAAUUCUUUUUUCUAAUACUAGGUUCUUCUGUGUGGCAGCUCAGAAUGAUGGAUCAAGCCAGAUCAGCAUUCUCUAACUUGUUUGGUGGAGAACCGUUGUCAUAUACCCGGUUCAGUCUUGCUCGACAAGUAGAUGGCGACAACAGUCACGUGGAGAUGAAGCUGGCUGCCGACGAAGAAGAAAAUGCUGACAGUAACAUGAGGGCCAAUGUCCCCAGACGAAGAAAGUGUAAUGGAAGUAUCUGCUACGGGACUAUUGCUGUAAUCAUCUUCUUCUUGAUUGGAUUUAUGAUUGGCUACUUGGGCUACUGUAAACGUGGAGAACCAAAAGCUAAGUGUGACAGGGAGGCAGAAGCAGAGUCUUCAGACGUGGAAGAGCCGGAAGAGAACUUUCCCGAAAUACCUCGCUUAUACUGGGCAGACCUCAAAACAAUGUUGUCAAAGGAACUGGAUGCCGCACAGUUCACCAGUACCAUCGAGUGGCUGAAUGGAAAUUCAUAUAUCCCUCGUGAGGCUGGAUCUGAAAAAGAUGAAAAUCUUGCGUUUGCUAUUAAAAAUCGAUUCCGUGACUUUAAACUCAGCAAAGUCUGGCAUGACGAACAUUUUGUCAAAAUUCAAGUCAAAGGCAGUGCUGCAAACUCGGUGAGCGUAGUGGGUCCGAGCAAUGACACGAUACACCUGGUGGAGAAUCCUGGUGGCUAUGUGGCAUACAGUAAGGCGACCACAGUCACUGGUAAACUGGUCCACGCUAAUUUUGGUACUAAAAAAGACUUUGAGGAUUUAAAAUCUCCUGUGAAUGGAUCUUUAGUGAUUGUUAGAGCAGGGAAAAUCACUUUUGCAGAAAAGGUUGCAAAUGCUGAAAGCUUUAAUGCAAUUGGUGUCCUGAUAUACAUGGACAAGGCCAAGUUUCCCAUUGUUAUGGCAGACGUUCCAGUCUUUGGACAUGCUCAUCUAGGAACAGGUGACCCGUAUACGCCUGGAUUCCCUUCUUUCAAUCACACUCAGUUUCCACCAUCUCAGUCAUCAGGACUGCCUAAUAUACCUGUUCAAACCAUUUCCAGAGCUGGUGCCGAAGCGCUGUUUAAACAUAUGGAAGGAGAGUGUCCUUCUGGUUGGGAAAUAGACCCUUCCUGCCGGCUGCAGUCCUCGGAGAAUAAGAGAGUGAAGCUUACUGUGAACAAUGUGCUGAAAGAGAUGAGAAUUAUCAACACCUUCGGAGUUAUUAAAGGCUUUGAAGAACCAGAUCGCUAUAUUGUAGUAGGGGCCCAGAGGGAUGCCUGGGGUCCUGGAGCUGCCAAGUCCAGUGUCGGAACAGCUCUCCUGCUGGAACUUGCCCGGAUAUUCUCAAAUAUGGUCCUAAAAGAUGGAUUUAAACCCAGCCGAAGCAUUGUCUUUGCCAGCUGGAGUGCUGGCGACUUUGGAGCUAUUGGUGCCACAGAGUGGCUCGAGGGAUACCUUUCCUCCUUGCACUUAAAGGCUUUCACUUACAUUAACCUGGAUAAAGCUGUUCUUGGUAUCAGCAACUUCAAGGUUUCUGCCAGCCCGCUGUUGUAUAAACUUAUUGAGAAAACAAUGAAAGAUGUGAAAAACCCCACUACUAAACGCCCCCUCUAUGAGGACAGCAACUGGACCAACAAAGUUGAGAAACUUUCUUUCGACAAUGCUGCUUUCCCUUUCCUUGCAUAUUCUGGAAUCCCAGCAGUUUCUUUCUGUUUUUGUGAGGACGCAGAUUAUCUGUAUCUGGGUACGACCAUGGAUACCUAUGAUGCACUGGUUCGUGCCGUCCCUCAGUUGGACCAGAUGGCACGCGCGGCAGCAGAAGUGGCUGGCCAGCUCAUGAUCAAACUCACCCACGAGAUCGAGUUGAACCUGGACUAUGAGAUGUAUAACAACGAAAUUCUCUCCUUUGUGAGGGGUCUCAACCAAUUCAGAGCCGACAUAAAGGAGAUGGGCCUGAAUCUGCAGUGGCUGUAUUCUGCUCGUGGGGACUUUUUCCGAGCCACUUCCAGACUGACCACAGAUUUCCACAAUACCGAGAUCACAAACAGAUUUGUCAUGAGGGAAAUCAAUGAUCGUAUCAUGAAAGUGGAAUACCACUUCCUCUCGCCCUACGUAUCUCCGAGAGAGUCUCCUUUCCGACACAUCUUCUGGGGGUGUGGCUCUCACACUCUGUCAGCUUUACUAGACAACCUGAAGCUACGUCAGAGAAAUAGCGGCGCUUUUAAUGAGACGCUGCUGAGGAACCAGCUGGCCCUCGCCACUUGGACUAUUCAGGGAGCUGCAAAUGCCCUCUCUGGGGACGUCUGGGACGUCGACAAUGAGUUUUAAAUGCGAUGCCGUAACUUCACGUAAGAACAGCGGGGUAGUCUGGUUUCUAGCCUUGUGCUGGUCAUGCUAAUUGUUCAGUAGGUCGACAAAACCUUAUGUUAGAACUCUACCCAGUCACCUUGGUACUUCUAGAUAUAUGUCUUUAGGUGGCAACUUUUACUACCGGGUAGGUACCUGCACUUCAAGUUAAAGUGAAUAACCACUUAAAAAAUGUUCAUGAUAGAAUAUUUCCUCUGAUUAUCUCUAGAAUUUUAAGUGCUUUGUAAUGGUAACUGCCUCUUUCCUGUUAUAGUUAUGGGAGUAUCCACCAGUUACAUGAACAGUCGCUCUAAAUCCUGAGGGCACGAGCUGGUAUCUUUUGAGGUGGGAGGAAGAAGGUGGUGUUUGCUGAAGGUUAAAAGUGGUGGCAUAGUUUGAUCCUCCAGCCUUCAUUUGAUGCUAGAUAGGAGAUACCAGGUUGUAAGACCUUAUUCUCCAAACGCGAUCGUAUGCCUUUCCCGAGGAUUUAGCUGGUUUCCAUAUCCCUGAAUGAAACAGUUAAACUUUGAGAAGAGGGAGACUUGUUUUCCUGCCAGUGAGGGCUGAAAGAGAGGUCCUUCCACUGGAUCAAAUGAGGUUCAACUGUUUAUUGCAGGAGUAAGGCCUUAAUGUGUUUACCUUGAUAAUAUUUAUGAAAAGAGGAGACCAGAAGCCAAAGACGUCGUGUAUUUUCUUUUCCUCUGACCCCUACCCUAAGAGUCUAUGUUUAGUUCUUUGUCGUGAUUUCUUCCAAAGUAUUUUGAAAGAGAACCAGUUUCAGGUGUUUAAUUUCAGGCUCAGUUUGUCAGACUUAAAGAACACAUUGCCACACCUCGGGCAUUGUUAGUCUUUGGGAAAAGCUUUCUAUCAUUUUGGCACUGAGAUAUUUAUUGUUUAUUUAUCAGUGACAGAGUUCACUAUAAAUGGUGUUUUUUUAUAGAAGAUAAUUAUCGGAAGCAGUGCCUUCCAUAAUUAUGACAGUUAUACUGUCGUUUUUUUUGAAUAAAAGCAGCAUCUGCUAAUAAAACCCAAUAGAUACUGGAACUUUUGCACUUAUGGCCAACACUUCAGGGCUGUAGAAAACAGCCACGAGACAAUUAAAUCAUACACUUUUUGGAGAAGCAUUCAAUUUAAUUAGGGGUUGCUAAUUGAGUUAAAUUUCUACCUAGCAGACCACGUAAAAAUGAUCGUUCUCCUAAAUGUAACGACUUGUGACCGAGUUAUAAAUACACGUCAGUAAAAGGCCGGGUAGCGCUUGUGUAUGUAAAAUUGUACAACUCGGUUUACCCAGGGUAUUGCUUCAGUUCCAGCUUUGCAAAACUUCCAGUACCUUUGUCACAGAGCUAACUCACAUUAUCGGGAGCAGUGUCUUCCAUAAUGUAUAAAGAACAAGGUAGUUUUUGCCUACCACAGUGUCUACAUCGGAGACAGUGAUCUCCAUAUGCUACACUAAGGGUGUACGUAAUUAUCGGGAACAGCGCUUCCCAUAAUUUUCUUCAUGCAAUGACAUCUUCAGAGCUUGAAGAUCGUUAGUAUCUAACAUGUAUUCCCAACUCCCUGUACUUCACUUCUAGUUUUAGUUGCAGAGACAUUUUGUGGUCAUUAAGCAUUUGGUGGGUAAAUUCAACUACUGUAAAAUAAAAUGACUUCCUUCAAGAUUUUGUUUUGUUUUGUUUUAAACUUCAUGUGGGGAUUUUGUUAUCUUUGUGGUCUCUCCAGGUCUUCUAUGUAGUGAGAUAGUAGUGUAGCAUUUGCUGUUGACAAUGAAUUUAACAUUACCCCCUCAUUUGCAUGUUAUUGCCUAUAAACUUAGUUCAAGUAACUUCGAAUCCAGAAUUGACCUUUUUGGCUUAAAGCAGGAGGGAAUUGUAUAGGAGGUUUUGGGGGGUGGGGGUGGGCACGGAGUGAGGGGUGUGGGGAAGCAAAGCUUGCAAAAGAAUCUUUGAUCAUGUCUACCUACCCACUAGUUUAUGGCGGCUGUGAAUUAAAUGUAGAUAUGAACAACUACAUUUGAGACUAUGUGAGUCCAGACUGUAUUUUCUAGUUAGCCAUCAUUAUAGACCUGAUGAUCAGGUAGCCAUUUAUUCAGAACGGCCACCUAUGAAAAUGUCCACAAAGGGUCUUCAUGUUCUUCGGCUUGGUGUCACUUACCUGUUAUGGUAGACCUCGGUUAUUGCAGCCUCACAUUUCCUCACUGCGCACCGUCUCUAAUCUUCACAGUGCUUUAUUUUGGACCAAUCCUUAGUUGAGUGAAAAGGUCACAGCUGGGGUUCCUGGUUUGGGUACCCUGCAUACACACUUCAGUGACUUCAGGGCAUAAUAGGGAUAAAGGGCAUACAUUUUAUAGCAGUAAAUCUCUUCAAAACUCCUUUCCUAGGGUUAGGUAGAGUUGUUUCCGAUCAAAUGAGCCAGUAAGUGGCAAGAGGCUUAAUAUUCCUGAACAAAAUGUGUAUCUGAGUAGUGACAACCUGCUAGACUUCAUUUUUCUUUCUGGUUAAAGAUACCAUGUGCAUCUUGAAGGUAAGGGAUAAAAUGAGUGAGUUCUGCCAUGAUUCACUAUUUUAGAACUUGCAUGACUUUUACUGUGUUUGCUCUUUGAAUGUUGUGAAAAUUUUAGACUUGUCAACCUGCUCAGCUAUGUCUUUGUAAACAAGUGAUAUGCCCUUAAAAUUGUAUACAAGCUGGUAUGAGCAACAAUGUGGAGAUUAUUUGAUUUAAUAAAAUGCUUGAACACUG